GCGAGAGGGAGCUCGCGCCAUGAUCGGCGCUGUGGUAUCGCUGCUGUGCCGGCUGCUCGGCUGGCUGCUGAGUCCCGUGUCGCUGGCCGUCCUGGCCGCCACCCUCGGCGCCGUCUACUACUUCCUCACCAAGGACUACGACUUCUGGCCUUCACGCGGCGUGAAGGGGCCACGCGCCAAACUGCCCUGGGGUAACGAGUUUGGUCCUCCAUUUGUGACGUCGAUGCUUGACUUUGAAGAAUGGAUCUACUACAAGCAUGGUGGGAAGAAGUACUGUGGAUACAUGGAGUUGCACCGGCCCAUUCUGUACAUAGGAGAUAUGGAUUUGAUCCGCGCUAUCACAGGGAAGGAUUUCGAACACUUCACCUCUCGAAGGGACGCAUUGGUAAGCAAGCUGUUUGACGGCACGCUGUCGCUGGCAGAUGGCAAGGAGUGGAAAGACCUCAGAUCAGUGUUGGCGCCGAAUUUUUCUGCAAGCAAGAUGAGACUAAUGCAUCAGCCGAGCUUGGAAAACGCCAUCAACCUAAGCGAGUUCUUGCUGAAAGAAACCAAAGAGAGGGGAGAUGUCGAACUGCUGGAUGCAUUUGGUCGCUUCACCAUGGACAAUAUUGCUUCGUGUGCUUUUGGUGUUACCUGCAACUCUUUUAAAGAUCCGAACACAGAGUUUGCAACACAUGCGGCUGAACUGUUUAAGCCACCAACAGGGUACACAUCAUUCCGCUUCGUUGCCUCUUUGCUGUUCCCAAAGUGGCUUUAUGACAAACUUCCGGAUCCCGACGAAGCAACAGGUGCCUUCUUCAGACGAGUCGUCAACAUGACCAUCGCAUAUCGAGAAGAGAAUGGCUGCUCUCGUCGAGACUACCUCCAGAUGCUGCUGGAGACCAAGGACAAGGACGGCAACCGCGUGCUCACAAAUGACAGCAUCGUCGCGCAGUCGGUGUUUUUCUUCGUCGCCGGCUAUGACACGACGGCUUCACAUCUGACCUACGCUGGGUACUUGCUGGCCACCAAUCCCGACUGCCAGAGGGCUGCGCAGCGAGAAAUCGACGACGUGCUCGAGCGGCACGGCGGCCAGCUGACCUACGAAGCAGUCUCCGAGAUGACCUACAUGGACCGCGUGCUGAGCGAAACACUGCGGAUCUAUCCGCCUCCACACCAUCUGGAGCGUACGUGCACCAAGGACUACGUCCUGCCGGGGACGGACGUGCACAUCCCGCGUGGCACCCUCGUCCAGAUGCCGAUAUUGAUGAUCCAUCGGGACCCGGAAAUUCAUCCGGAUCCGCUGCGCUUCGAUCCGGAUCGCUUCCUGCCGGAGGAGAAGGCGAAGCGCCAUCCGUGCUCCUACUUGCCAUUCGGCAACGGACCGCGCAACUGCAUGGCCUUGCGGUUCGCGCUGUUCGAGGCCAAGGUGGCACUCAUUGCAAUUCUGCGUGAGAGCAACCUGAGGCCAGGGCCGCGCACGCCGCCGCCGCCCAUGCCAAUGAAUACGACCGGUUUCUUGCUUUCACCUAAAAAGGGCGCCUCCUAUGUCAAGGUGCUGCCCCGCCGCGAAGACUAGCAGGCAACAGAAGGGCGGUUGUUCUCGAUAGUUUCCCACCUCGGGGAGCAGGCGCAGACAGAGAGAAAGAGAGAGAGAG